AUGAGGGUUUUGGUAGAUCUAGGAAGUAGCGCUAACAUAAUCACAAAGACGGUCUUUGAUCAGUUAGAGAUCGCGUCAUCAUCUAUUCGACCUACCUUCAGCCCGUUAAUGGGAUUCGAUGGCACAAGAGUAGAUCCCCUUGGAGUAAUAGACUUAUCCGUAACCGCGGCGAAGAGGACUCUGAAGGAGAACUUUAUUUUAACAGAGAUCCAUCCUUCUUACAAUCUCAUCAUGGGAAGAGGUUGGAUACAUCGGAUGAGAGGAGUUCCGUCCACCCUCUACCAGGUGAUGCGGUGCUUAUCUCCGAACGAGAAAGAAGUAAUUAAUCUGUGGGGCGAUCAAGUCGCAGCGAAGGAAUGCUAUAUGCUGACAGAGGUUGAGGCGAAGAGGAUGUCGACUCAACAGUAA